AUGUCUGUCAGUUUCUCUCCUGAUGGAAAUACUUUAGCUUCUGGUAGCUAAGAUAGUUCAAUUUGUCUAUGGGAUGUCAAAACAAAAGAAUAAGAUCAAAAAUUAGAGGGUCAUAUCAGCAUUGUCUACUAAAUCAGUUUCUCAUCUGAUAGAAAUACAUUAGCUUUUGUUAGUUAGGAUAACUCUAUCUGUCUAUGGGAUAUCAAAACAGGGUAAUAAAAAGCCAAAUUAGAUGGUCAUACUAGCACGGUCUUGUCAGUCUGUUUUUCUCCUGAUGGAAAGACAUUAGCUUCUGGCAGUUGGGAUAACUCUAUCCUUCUUUGGGAUGUUCAGAAUGGAAAAGCUAUUUCAUCCUCUGACAAAAUAUAUAAAGAUAUUCUAGCUUAAUUUAAAGCACCACUUUGUUAAAACAAUCCUUCACCAGGUAUUCAUUUUCUUAUUAUUUUAUAGAAUCCAACAAUGCUCCCAUUCUACGAAUAUCUCAAAUACCAUUAUUUUAAGCUUAAGGAGCUUUAAUAUUGAAAGGAGAUUUUAUAACUCAUGAAGGGUACGAUUUAAAAUAAUUAUUCAAAUCCAAAAGAAGUUGCUUUUUAGAAGAUUUUAAUUAAAAGUGA